UAAGGCAACAAAGUUAUACGAUUAUGUGAUCAUGUUGAAAGCACGCAAUGUUUUUAUGUUGCAACGCCGUUGGAAAGGCGGCAAGAAGCGCUGGAAUGCUCUGCAAUUCAAGAAGACCAACUGUGAUCGCGCCCUGGAAAGUUUUGACGACUUCUAUGGCUCCGUGUACGGCACACGUUGGAAGAACAUGAGGGUGGCUCUACUGACAGAGCACAAGUACAUUGCCAUGGUGAACAAUUUUGGAGACACGGAACAAACGUGCAGCAUGCUGGAGAUGGAUGGCGCUAUCAAUGUGAAGUCACUCAUCAAUGUAGCGCGUGAGCGCCUGGAUGGCAAAACAGACAACAGCGUAUCCACUAAGCUCCCGUCAAGUAAUAAUGUGGACAGCAAGUUGGAUGCGCUGUUGAAAAAGCAGCAGGAGCGUGAAAUGGCCUCCAUAUAUCCAAGUGCAAGCGAGGACGGCAUGCCCCAGCAGUUGAAUUACAAUAGCAGUGAGAAAAACCAAAGUACACAGGAAGAACUUGAACCGCAAGACUUUAAGCAGAGCUUAACAAAGGCGCUUGAGGAAGACGUGCAUCUAGAUGAGAAGCGAUUGGUAGACCCACAAUUUGGUACUGGUGGUCUCUAUGAAUAUAUGCCGGCGCAUAGUAUCAAGGGUAUGGAGGAUUGGGUAGCCGAAUCAGAACAUUAUAAAUACUAUAAGACCAACGACGCCUUUCCCCUAAGAAUCGAACUGGAAGACUCAUUUCAGUUCCCGGAACACCUGGCUCUCUAUACAUACGAAAUGGGAAACUGUUCUAACUUCAAAGCCCCAAAGAAAUGUUUAACGGGUGUGCUGUCACAUUUUCUAAUGGAUGGCGCCUCUACGCUUCCGCCACUCUUUCUGCAAAUACAGCCAGGCGAUCGUGUUCUGGACGCAUGCGCUGCGCCUGGAGGUAAGUCGCUUCUCAUGCUGCAAACUCUUCACUCUGAUCUGUUGGUGUGCAACGAUGUGCAGGAAUCGCGCGUGAACAAGCUGCGGCGCGUCAUGCAAGAGUACCUGUUCGACUUUAGGGAACGCUGGGAGGGCAAGCGAUUAAUUCUCACCCAGAGCGAUGCCCGAAACUUAAGCGAGUAUGCCAGCUAUGACAAAAUAUUGGUCGAUGUGCCCUGUACCACCGAUAGACACUCGCUCAUGGAGCAAGACAACAACAUAUUCAAGCCGACACGCAUUAAAGAGCGUCUGCGCAUACCGGAGCUACAGGCUGGUAUUCUCGCCAAUUGCCUCCGACUACUGCGGCCAGGCGGAAGCUUAGUCUACUCCACCUGCUCGCUCUCUCCGGUACAAAAUGAUGGUGUAGUGCACAUGGCGCUGGAGAAGGUAUUCACGGAGCAUGGCAUCACGACGACUAUAAAGGACCUGAGUCUACAAGUAGAGCUGUUUAGCGAUAUUUUUAAAUUUGAAUACCCCAAGGGAUUAAAAUAUGGACAAAUGGUGAUUCCAUUUCUGCCGGCCAACUUCGGACCCAUGUAUUUUAGUAAAAUUGUAAGGAAUACCUAAAACGAUGAUGAUGAUGAUGUAUGAACUACA